AUGAAGGAGGAAAGAAGAUGGCAGGGGCUCUACCCUCCAGAGUUCUCUGAAACUUCGUGCCCCUCAUCUUUACUUCUGGUAGAAGGAAAGACCCCACUUUCGUGUGAGGCUGAUGGAAACCCAAGGCCGAUAGUAAACUGUGAAGCCGAUGGACGCUCUAUCACUGACGCGGUUACAACAAAUGAAACGAUCGAAUUAGGAAACCCACUAAACAUAACAUGCAGUUCGGAAGGGUUGCCAGCACCUACUUACAGCUGGCUGGUCCCCGAGAAUGCCGACGUGACAUACUCCCCGGAUAAAAGCUCGGUCAUUAUUCACACAGCAGCAGAGACCCAUGCUGGAACAUACACGUGUGUGGUCAGGAACGCACAUGGAGAAGUGGAAGCAAAGCAGGAGGUGACGAUUGCUCCGGAUGAUUUUACAACAAGACUGUUCAUCGGUCUAGCGUGCGGUCUAGCUGCCUUAGGCCUCCUUGCUGGCAUUAUAAGCCUGGUACGGUACAUUGGCUGGAAGCAAGGCCGAAAGGGAUUCUAUGCGCUGUGGAGGAAAACCCCCGACCAACGUCAGCAGAAUGGAAACAUCCCAGAGCCCCCCGCCAACAGCACAUCUUGCGUCUAAUAUUAAGACUAUUGGAACCUGAUAACUCAGACGCUGAGAUGGAGCAAUGUGAAAGCGGACUGCUGAGUAAGCCGCCAGGCUGGGAGCAGCCAAUCAGAGCCAUGCCUGACAGUCUCCUUGGAAACCAAAUUGUGGUGAACAGGAAAAGGGAGCCAAUCAGAUUCCAGCAGUGAAAGCAGUGACCUGAUUGGUUGCUGUGAAUCAGAAGAAAGGUGUUACCCAUAGCAACCAAUCAGAUUCCAGCUGACAGUUAAAAAAACAGAAGUCACAAGAACACAUCUUCUCCUUCACCGCACAUGUCUGUACACAAGGCUCCCCUCCCCCAGCCUUCCCAGAGAGAGGUUUUUAUAUGUUUUUAUGUUUUCUAUCAGUUACUCCUGUGGUAAUGUUCAUUAUGUGGAUCCUGAACACAAGGGCCAGACGUCCAUCUGUCUGUCUAUCAGGAGUGGCCACAGACCCUACAGGGAAACCUCCUGGUGGUCCAAUGCCCAGGGGGCGCCUGAGCCCUCCGGAGACCGCCGGUCACAUCGUGAUCUGAUGCCCCAGCCGAGUACAACACGUGCUGUCCUUAGUCUAUCUAUUAUCUAUCUAUCUCCUAUCCAUCCAUCCAUCUAUCCAUCUAUCUCAGAUCUAUGUAUUUCAUAUCUAUCUAUCUAAUAUCUCUCUAUCUAUUAUCUAUCUCAUAUCUAUGUAUUUC